CCGUCAAGUUAUUGAUAUUUUAGCCCGCAGCCGGCUAAGUCGAACCUAGGCUUAUCACGACACGGGAAGUCGAACGCGUGUGUGCGUGGUGGUUUUGUUCUGCGGAAAAGACCUUGGAACGAAGCGAAGAAAGGUCAACAGUUAAGGAACCGCGGCGUUUGGGAAGUGAAAAGAGGGAAUAACGAGGAACUCUUUCUGACUCUAAUUAAUCACGCAGCAUCUGGCGACGCGAAUUCCGUGGUGAAAAUAAGCGGUUGAAGUCAUCGGCAAUUUUAUCGGUGCCCGGAUUUGAGUGAACUCGAUUAGAAGAAAGGCUCGAGAUGAUCAGAAUUAUAUUUCUUUUGGUGACUGCCGCACCUGUGCUUCUGCUGGCCGGCCGGAUUCAGUUGGUUAACCUCAGCCCGGAGGAAGCGCAGAAAUACAUCACACAGCAGAGCUUGGAUUUGCGCUAUGCCAAGAAGCUCGGUGAACACCCGUUGGGUUACUUCAGAAACAUUCCGGAUCCGUCAGCGGCUAAAUUUUACUACCAGGGACGAGCGAUAGACAAUCCCGUAGAUUAUGUGGAGGAAGGGUAUGAAGCGUCUCAAUUUCAUGGACAGGACGGACUAGGCCGAGCUAUGUUCGGUUAUACUGAUUACAACCAGGCACGUUUGGAGGCACGUAGUGCGAAUGGAGAGGUUCGAGGUUCAUACCAGUACAUUGACCCCUUCGGUCAGGAAGUUGUAGUGCAGUACUGGUCCGAUAGUUUGGGUUUCCACCAGAUCGACAACCGACCCGAAGUGGUGCUAGAGCCAGUGACGGAAACUCCGGAGGUUAGAGAAGCUCGAAUCGCCCAUUUGAAAGCUUGGGAGGAGGCCGCCAAUUUGGCGCGUUCCGCUCGUCCGGUAUCUAGUGUUGUUCGUCCUAUUAACAACGGCGUUGAGGAUGAUGAGGACGAAGUGGUUGGUGCUCUCUCCAAUCAGCACCAGAGUCUGGUUCGCUAUCCUAGUCUACCGUAUGAUAAACACAUUUCAGCAGAGUCUUCACCAGCAUCCUCUAAUGAUGCGGUAGUGGUGGAAGCGCAGCGCAAUCUCAAGAAACGUCAAAACCCAGAGAGCAGUGUGGGAUCAAAUCAAGACGAGGAGGAACCACAGUACGACCCAAAGGGAUUCUUUUACAGCUUCGAAUACCCGGUGUUCAAUAUCGUACCAGCCGAUGAAGCCAAGGCACGUUCACAAAGUCCGAAAAUAAAACGCUCCAUUCCGGAGGUCGAAAGCAAGGAAGAAAGUACACCUACAGUUACUGUGGCUGCUGAGGUCGAAACUCCGGUUGAAUUACCGGAACCGGCCAUUAAGAGUCCGAAGCCUGAGGAAUCAGCCAAAGCAGAAGACACCAGAGUGUCGUUCAAAGCUGUUCAAACUGGAGAACAGCUGGUAGCGGCAGUGCAUGACGUUCAGGUAUCACCCAAGCAGAAAGUUGACGUUGCGCAGUGAUUUAAACUACUAAACAUUUGUGAUAAACGUGAUCGGAGCAGUAUGAAUGACAGAAAAACACAACGGAUCUCCUGCUGACAAAACUUCUGCUAAACGCUUCAAAAAAAAAACUGAAUUUGAUUGUAAAAAUACCAUUCAUGUACAAUUACAGAGAGUAAAAUGACAGUGACAUAAAAUACUCAAGAAAUAAAAUAAGCGAUUCUUUUGUCUACUAA